GUCUGUUACUCAAACUCCCGGCUAUAUAACAGCAAACGUCGCUUCAUACCUUGGGUCAGUUAUUGUUUUUUUUCUUUCUUUUUCUUUUUUUAAUCACAGUUUUGGGUAGUACUACACCUUUGCGUUGCAACAAAUAUGGGUGUUCAAGAUUUUGCAAAUCUCUUUCUUGGGGGCAGGUUCUCAGGGAGCGUCACGACGGCCGCCAUGCUUCUGUUCCUCGUGGUGGUUCUCGUUGUCAGCGGCGUUCGUUCCAUACGUUCGAUUUCAGCACGUCGGAGGUUCAUCGCGGAGAACAACUGUAAACCAGCACCAGCAUGGCCUCAGAAGGAUCCCAUUUUGGCUCUUGACUUCAUCCUGAAGGGCCUCGCAAACUUUAAGCAAAAGAAAUUCCUCGACGGCUGGACAAAGUACUACGAAGAUUUGGGCCCGACCUUCACGACAAAGUCGGCGGGCAUGCUUUAUAUCAACACCAUCGACCCGGAAAACAUCAAGACGGUGCUGGCGACGCGCUUCCGCGACUUUAGCCUUGCGGAACGGGUCGAGAUCAUGGGCCCCCUACUCGGGCGCGGAAUCUUCGUGACGGACGGCGACGAGUGGGCGCACAGCCGCGCGCUCCUGCGGCCCAACUUCGCCAAGGAGCAGGUCGCCGACCUGGGCAUGAUCGACCGUCACUUCAGUGACCUGAUGGCGCUCCUGCGCCCGCACGCCGCGGACGGGACCACGGUCGCCCUGCAGCCCCUUUUGAUGCGAAUGACCAUGGACACGGCCACCGAGUUCCUCUUUGGCCAGUCGACGCGCACGCUCUCGGUCGAGCAGGCGGACUCGGCCGGCAACGCCUUCAGCCGCGCCUUUCAGUUCUCGCUCAACGAGAUGGCCCACCUGUUCCGGCUGGGGCCGUUUCGCAUCUUGCGUCGCCAGAGCCGCGAGCUCAAGGAUUCUCACGACAUCUGCCGGGCCUACGUGGACGGCUUUGUCGACGAGGCCUGGGCGUGGAAGCAGGGAGGGAAGACGGAUGGGAGGACCAACUUCCUCAGGGAUCUCGUCGAGAGCACCGAUAACAAGCAAAAGGUCCGCGACGAACUGCUCAACAUCCUGAUCGCCGGUCGAGAUACCGUGGCGAGUGUCCUCGGGAGUCUUUUCCGCGUCCUGGCUCAGCGUCCUGAAAUAUGGGCCAAAGUGCGAGCCGAGGUUGCGCAGUUUGAAGGGGAGCUGCCGCGCUACGAUCAGCUGCGUGACCUCAAGUACGCCAAGUAUUGUAUCAACGAAGCCCUUCGUCUUUGGCCAGCCGUCCCAUUGAACGGCCGUCUUGCCGUCCGCGACACGGUACUCCCUCGCGGCGGCGGGCCCAACGGGGAUGAACCCGUCUAUGUGCCCAAGGGCAGUCUUGUGAACUACUCGGUGUAUUCCAUGCACCGGCGAACCGACUUUUAUGGCGCCGACGCCGAAGAGUUCCGACCGGAGCGGUGGGAGGGCAAGAUUCAAGGCUGGCAAUACCUCCCAUUCAACGGCGGGCCGCGCAUCUGCCUCGGCCAGCAGUACGCGCUGACCGAAAUGCUCGUUGUGCUCGUCCGCUUUGCCCAGGAGUUCAGCCAUAUCGAGAGCAGGGAGUCGACGCCGUGGCAGGAGGAACUGCACCUAACGGUGCAGCCGGCCAACGGUGUGCAAGUUGCACUCACUGCUGCAAAUACUGCCUAAGCUGCCUGUAACUUGUAGGAACAAGAGGACUUUGGCUAACGAUACAUCCGCAGGAACAUAGGUUCUAAAUACCGGAA